GUGUGGCCGGAAGGCAUGGGUCUGAUUGGCAGGGGCGUGGCCGACGGCACGCGGCGGAACAUGGCGGAGCGCGCGAGGAAGCGGCCCUGCGGCCCGGGUGAACAUGGCCAAAGGGUGGAGUGGCGAAAAUGGAAGCAACAGAAGAAAGAGGAGAAAAAGAAGUGGAAGGACAUGAAAUUGACAAAAAAACUGGAGAAGCAACGGGCACAAGAGGAGCAGACAAAGCGACAGAAGGAGGAGGAGGAGGCAGCUGCCCAGAGGGAAAACCAAGGACGGCCCUACACUCUGAGCGUGGCCCUGCCAGGCUCUAUCCUGGACAAUGCCCAGUCACCUGAGCUUCGUACCUACUUGGCUGGCCAGAUUGCCAGAGCCUGUGCCAUCUUCUGUGUGGAUGAGAUUGUGGUGUUCGAUGAGGAGGGUCACGAUGCCAAGACUGUGGAAGGAGAGUUUAAGGGAGUCGGCAAGAAGGGGCAGGCAUGUGUACAGCUGGCCCGUAUCCUGCAGUACCUGGAGUGUCCACAGUACCUGAGAAAGGCAUUCUUCCCCAAGCACCAGGAUCUACAGUUUGCAGGGCUCCUGAACCCCUUGGACAGCCCUCACCACAUGCGCCAGGAUGAGGAAUCCGAAUUCCGAGAAGGCAUCGUGGUAGACAGGCCCACCCGACCAGGCCAUGGCUCUUUUGUUAACUGUGGAAUGAAGAAGGAGGUGAAGAUUGACAAGAACCUGGAGCCUGGACUUCGAGUGACUGUGAGACUGAACCAGAAGCAGCUCCCAGAAUGUAAGACCUACCGGGGAACAGUUGUGUCAUCACAGGACCCUCGCACCAAAGCCGGUCUCUACUGGGGCUACACAGUCCGGCUAGCCUCCUGCCUCAGUGCUGUGUUUUCUGAGGCGCCCUUUCAGGACGGGUAUGACCUGACCAUUGGGACGUCAGAGCGUGGCUCAGAUGUGGCCUCUGCCCAGCUGCCCAGCUUCAGGCACGCAGUGGUAGUGUUUGGGGGCCUCCAAGGGCUAGAAGCUGGAGUGGAUGCUGACCCCAACCUGGAGGUGACCGAACCCAGUGUUCUCUUCGACCUGUAUGUCAACACAUGCCCUAACCAGGGCAGUCGCACCAUUCGCACUGAGGAAGCCAUACUCAUCUCUCUGGCAGCCCUGCAGCCCAGCCUCACCCAGGCAGGCACUCAGACCACCUAAAGUUUCCCAUGAGUGUCGGAUAUGGGUGAAGCAGCCGUGAGAGGGGCUACUGCAGGCCAUCAGGACAGCCACAGCCAAGACUUCUCUCCAAAAAUAACCUUCUUUAAUGCAAUCCAGGCCCUAGGCCUAGGCCCCCAGUCUCUAAGCUGCUGCCCUCACUUGCUACCAGCGGUAAUGGCCUUAAGGUUUCCUGCUCGUGCCAGGAUGUUUGGCACAAAGAGCAGCCCUGAGGCCCGCUCAAUGCUCUCAAUGGGUACCAGGAAGCGCUCCAGGGGAAUGGCCUCAUCCACGGGUGCGUUCGGCAUCACGUAGGAGUGGAGCUCAAUUUGUCCACCGGCUGACUCCAGGAUCAGCACCUUGAAGAAGUGUGUGGGCACUGCCACGUGAUUCUUGCCAAUUACCUGGUACUUUACAUAGGACUUCCCAUCAGCCUCCGUCCUGUGGGCAGACCCAGGUGUACAUGACCAAGGGCCCUGGAUGGACCCAAGGAUGCUUCCUCCAGGAAGCCUUCCCUUGUCUGACCUCCACCUUCUGCCCCCCACCAGAUCACCCCCUCAUUGUGAGGCUUCUGUGCCCUGUCCGGCUCCUCCUUGAGGCUGGAACCCACAGGAGUCAGGCGGAGUGGGUGGCAAUAAAUGCUGCUGAAAGAA